AGCAUUGUGCUUUAUUAUUUUGGCUGGUAGGAGUAAAUAAAGGUGGGAACUUUCAGUCCCAAACUGGAAAGAACUUCAAGAAAAUGGCUCAAAGGUUGGUUCUUUCUCUGAUCCAUCGUCCUCCAUCGCCAUCCUUCUCUUUUUACCUUAAACCCAAAACCCUAUACCCAAUUUCAACUCACCUCAAUUGCACCCAUCUCCAUUCUCAACCCCCAAAACCCCUCGCAAACUCUCCACCCUUCAACUCCCUCGCAUCCCUCAAACCCUUCAUUCUGUCCGAGAAAAGACCCAUCAUUCUCGGCUGGCUCUGCAGCCUCGUCUCCGUCUACUCCCUCUCCGAAAUCGUCCCCAAAAUCGGAAAUUUAUCGGCGCAAAUCGGAAGAUUGGACUUGAUUAUGUUACGAAAUGAGGGCUUGGCUUUGGGGGUUUUGGUCCUGGCGAGGGUGGUGGCUGUGUAUUGGCAGCAGGCGUUUCUAUGGGAGGCGGCAUUGAAUGCGGCGUACCAGGUUCGGGUUCAUGUUUGGGAGAAGGUUCUGGAGAGGGAUAUGGGGUUCUUUGAAGGAGCCGGGGCGAAACAGACUGGGGAUGUUGCUUAUAGGAUCACUGCGGAGGCAUCUGAUGUUGCGGAUUCUGUGUAUGCUGUUCUCAAUACUGUUGUACCCAGUGCUCUACAGAUAUCGGUUAUGGCGGCGAAGAUGGCGAUUAUUAGUCCUAUGUUGUCUGGGAUAUCAGCUGCGGUGAUUCCUUGUAUGGCUCUUGUCAUUGCUUAUCUUGGUGAGAAAUUGCGUAUGAUAUCUAAUAAGGCCCAGCUCAGCACUGCUGCUCUCUCUGCUUAUCUGAAUGAGGUCCUCCCUGCAAUUUGUUUUGUGAAAGCAAGCAAUGCAGAGUUGUGGGAGAAAACUAGAUUUCAGAAGCUUGCUCACACUGACCUUUGUGAGCGUUUGGAAAAGAAGAAAAUGAAGGCACUUAUUCCUCAGAUCAUACAAAUUAUAUAUUUUGGAGGGCUUUCUAUGCUGUGUAUUGCCCCAAUGGUAUUCUGUGGUGGUUCAGUCGAUAUCUCUAGCAUAGUUUCAUAUGUAAUAUCAUCGAUUUUUCUGAUCGAGCCAAUUCAGGGUGUUGGAAAAGCAUACAAUGAAUUAAAGCAAGGAGAACCAGCUGUGGAACGGUUGUUUGACCUUACCAGGUUCAAAUCAAUGAUGAUGGAGCAUCCAAAUGCUGUUGAUUUAAACCGCGUUACUGGGGAUGUGAAAUUUUCUGAUGUAUCAUUCAAAUAUGGAGACAAUGUGCCUCCUAUUCUGAAAGGAUUGAAUCUGCAUAUUAAACCUGGAGAGACACUUGCUCUUGUUGGACCCUCGGGAUGUGGAAAGACAACCCUUAUAAAACUACUUCUUCGGCUUUAUGAUCCUUUAUCUGGUCGGAUACUCAUUGAUAACCAUGAUAUUAAAAACCUCAGGUUGGCAAGUUUGAGGAGUCAUAUUGGCCUCGUUUCUCAGGAGAUAACGUUAUUUUCAGGCACCAUUACCGAGAACAUUGGAUAUAAGGAUCUGAUGACAAAUGUUAACAUGGAAAUGGUAGAAGCUGCAGCAAGAACUGCAAAUGCAGAUGAGUUCAUCAAGAAACUUCCAGAAGGAUACAACACCAACAUAGGACCCAGGGGCUCAACUUUGAGUGGAGGUCAGAAGCAAAGACUGGCUAUAGCAAGGGCUCUGUAUCAUAAUUCUUCGAUAUUGAUUUUGGAUGAAGCUACUUCUGCAUUAGAUAGCAGGUCGGAGAUUCUGGUGAGACAAGCUGUCGAAAGUUUGAUGGAAAACCACACAGUCCUGGUCAUUGCUCAUCGGUUAGAAACCGUUUUGAUGGCAAAACGAGUAUUCCUGUUGAAAGAUGGAAAACUUGAAGAGCUAACCCACUCAGAUCUUUUGAGUGGUCAGCAUGUCUCGAUGGGGCUCGUGACUUGAUGGUGAAGACAUAGCAUUUCCAUCAAUCAACUUUUGGCAUCAAUCAAAGCAUUUCCAUCAAAGCCGAACCUGACAAAACAGGCAUCAAGCAACCAACUAAUUCUGAUGAUACUAUAGAAAGCCAGACAAGUAUUACACUUUUCCACAGAUGAUAGAGCUUGAUGAGCAGUUUCACAAGUCGUUUCUAAGAGCAAUGUAUGAAAGGUAUGUACACUUCAGAGCUAAUACAUCAGCAAUCUCUGCUGAGACUAAAAUUUCGAAAUGGCGUAAUUUUCUUUUCCCAAAAGACUACUUUGCAUUGAAUUUUAGACCCUCUCUUCAAUUGAUGAGUUUUCAAUGCAAAUAUGGCUUGCAAAUAUAUUGUACUA